ACAGAACUGUGUGGUGCAAAGCGUGUUGGUUAUUUUGGUCCAACCCAGUUUUAUGUUGCCCUGAAAUUGAUUGCAGCAGCGCAGUCUGGCCUCCCGGUGCGGAUAGAGAGUACUAAAUGUGAAUUGCCUCUGCCUUGCUUUAUGAUGUCAAAGAGCGAUGGGGAAGUACGAUUUGGGAGCCUGGCUGAGCUGCAUGGAACCAAGGCCCAGAUUGCAUAUUUGACCACGGAAAAAAAUUCCUUCAAAAGAACGGAUGAUGGGGAUAAACAGCAGGAAACACAGUCUCCCACGAUGUCACCCCUCGCCUCCCCUCCUUCUUCCCCGCCUCAUUACCAGAGGGUGCCCUUGAGCCAUGGCUACAGCAAGCUGCGGAGCUCCACGGAGCAGAUGCAUCCAGCUCCUUAUGAAGCCAGGCAGUCCCUUGUCCAACCAGAAGGAACCUCGCUGGGGGGCUCUGGAGCCAAGCCCCCACGUCUUCAGGCUUCUCUUAUCCGGUCCUUUUCAGUGGAGAGAGAAUCACAGGAUAGCAACAGUCAUUACCCAGACGAUCCCUGGAGGAUAACAGAGGAACAGCGAGAAUACUAUGUCAAUCAGUUCCGGGCCCUGCAACCUGACCCAAGUUCCUUCAUUUCAGGUUCUGUGGCUAAGAACUUCUUCACUAAAUCAAAGCUUUCCAUUCCAGAACUCUCCUAUAUAUGGGAACUUAGUGAUGCUGACUGCGACGGGGCGUUGACCCUGCCUGAGUUCUGUGCUGCGUUUCAUCUCAUUGUGGCCCGGAAGAAUGGCUACCCGCUGCCAGAGGGCCUGCCGCCAACUCUGCAGCCAGAGUACUUGCAAGCAGCUUUUCCUAAGUCCAAGUGGGAGUGUACACUAUUCGAUUCUUAUUCUGAGCCAAUGCCAGCAAACCAACAGCCCCGGGACUUGCGUCGCAGCGAGAAGACAUCUGUUAAGGACAUGGCUGAUUUCCCUAUCCCUACCCAGGAUGUGACUCUCGAUGACAAACAAGCUUUGAAAACUACUACAGAUGAAGGCUCACCAAAGGAUAUGUCUGAGGAUCCAGCAACUCCUAAGGAUUCCAACAGUCUCAGAGCAAGACCAAGAUCCAGAUCUUACUCUAGCACCUCCAUAGAAGAGGCCAUGAAAAGGGGCGAGGACCCUCCUACCCCGCCACCGCGGCCCCAGAAAACCCAUUCCAGAGCUUCCUCCUUGGAUCUGAAUAAAGUGUUCCAGCCCAGUGUGCCAGCUGCUAAGUCAGGAUCGUUGCCUCAACCACCUGCACUCCCUCCGAGACCUUGUCCAUCACAGUCUGAACCAACGGCCGAGGCUGAGGUGCACCCACAGUCGAGCAGAGCCCCUUCCCAGGCUGCAGAAAGUAGUCCAGCCAAGAAGGACAUACCAUGUUCCCAGCCCCCAUCAAAGCCCAUCCGUAGGAAAUUCAGACCUGAGAACCAAGCUCCAGAAAACCAAGAGCUUCCUCCCACUGGAGGCGGACCAGCUCCUGCCCCCAGCAUGAAACCCCAUCCAACAGUCCAGAAACAGUCUUCCAAACAGAAGAAGGCUAUUCAGACCGCAAUCCGCAAAAAUAAAGAGGCAAAUGUCGUGCUGGCCAGGCUGAACAGUGAACUCCAGCAGCAGCUCAAGGAGGUUCAUCAAGAACGGAUUGCGCUGGAAAACCAACUAGAACAACUUCGUCCUGUCACGGUGUUGUGACUGACCUCCCAAGGUUCAAGUGACCUUUCCUGCCAAGAUCUUCCCUUCGAAUGUUUGGGCCUGACUCCUUGUCACAGAUGUCUGUGUCCAAAGCUGUGAGCAGUGGAAUAGAAUCCAUACCACCUUUUCUCUUACACUUCACCUGUACGUUUUAUUGUGGUGGAAAAUAUACUUCAACUGAUCAUCACACUUGAAAUAGUAAUUAGCAGUAGAAUUUAUCCCAUUCUUCAGUACUCCUUCAAGGUGUUAGAUGCUGCUUCUUAUCAAAAAUCAAUCUUCUAGCUAAUAAAUAAAUAUCUUAGAGCAUUAUUUAUUUAAAGAGUUUAUGAUAGGUACAAAUCUUAAAACCAAGUACCUUUAGGAUGCUUGUUUUAUUUUUGUAUGCACAUCAUAUACAGUAGGUUGGGUUCCUGAAUAAUUGGGAUUCCAACUGGGUAGUCUUUGGCAUGAUGAUAAUAAAAAUAAACAUAAAAGAUAAAAUGAAACCAUCAGAUUUAGACUGGCGCUGUGCCCCCCACCACUAUAUGCCAAAAAUUGCUUCUCUAGUGCCAUUUUGAUAUUAUAUCUACCUAUAAAUAAUACAUGACUAUUGUUUUCUAUUGAAUGUAAAAGACUUACUGGGUCUUUACACCUCUAUAAAGCAGAGGUUUUGGCAAUGAUCUGUUUAACUUGGGCAAGCUAGGCUGUCAACCCAGAUAACUCAGUCCUUUCAUGUCAAAUUUUGGGCAAGAGCAAUCUGCUUUAACUGCCUCGCCCUAUCAAAUUAAAUAAAUAGUUGCCAGAUCUCAACUUUUAUCCUGCAUAAGGGCAGCAUAUCUGUAAAUGCAUGAGUUUGGAAAUUACCCAUCAAACAUGAAAGGCUGAUAAGACUGUUUGGAUUGAUAAACAUUUGUUGUUUGGACUGAGGUGUCCAAACGGGGUGGAAGGGGGAAAUGGUUGUUAGUAACAAUCCAGCAACCUCUGGUAGUUAUUUUUGUCUUUGUUAUUUUAACCUGUAUUGAGAACAUACUGGGUAUGAAGACAUAAUGAAAGAAAGCCAGUCCUCACACUGGAUUGAUCUAUUUUGAUCUCUGUGAAGUAUGCCUUUGGGAAGUGAUUGAGUUAGAUCCAAUUCAGAGGAACCAAGUGUCUCCAGUGUAAGUGAUGGGAAAGAAUAAGCUCAAAUUGGAGAGCCCAGCA